AUGAGGAGUGGCAAACUGAGGGUUCUAGACCUUCAAGGCGACCCCAAAAGAUAUAUAAAAGAUGAUGAGGAUAAAGCAGCCAAGAUGAUGAUUACAUGGUCGAAGAGAAGCACCAUAAAGAACCAGUUGAAGAAAUUCUCAUAUGCGGGGAUAGCUCAGUUGGGAGAGCGUCAGACUGAAGAUCUGAAGUCCGUUUACGAUUUUUACGCCCCGCUCAGCAAACAAUACACAGGCACAGCAGCUGCCAUGGAAGAGGAGCAGCAGCGGCAGCAGAAACAGAGCAAAUGGAAACUAGAGAGACGGCAAUACCUAGGCGAAAUAUCAGCUCUCUGUUUCCUCCACCCUCCUUCUAAUCUCUUUUCUCUCCCUUUCCUCCUCGCUGGCACGGGAUCGCAACUGCUGCUAUAUAAUUUAGAAUCAGGAAAUAUAAUAGAAUCUUUUCAAGUUUUCGAUGGAAUUCGUGUCCACGGAAUUACUUGUAGCUUCAAUGAAGAAGAAUCUUCGCCUUUUCCUUCGUCAACUGUUUCUUUCAAAAUUGCUGUCUUCGGUGAAAAAAGAGUCAAGCUUUUCAACUUACACAUUCAAACUCAUUCACGAGCGAAUGCUGAUUUAGCCUUGAUUCAUUGCUUGCCCAAGUUCACCUAUUGGGUCUUGGAUAACUAUGCAGUCUCUUCAAAUGAGGAUGGGAGACACUGCCUUGCUAUUGGAUGCAGUGAUAACUCUGUCCAUCUCUGGGAUACGUCAGUGUCUAGUGUAAUUCUUCAAGUACAGUCUCCAGAGAGGUGUCUCUUGUAUUCCAUGCGGUUAUGGGGUAACAAUUUGGAAACUCUAAGAAUUGCUUCUGGUACCAUAUUCAAUGAGGUGCCUAAUCUUUCCUUGUAUAUGGUAGAUCAUUGUUUGGAAAGUGGUUCCUGUAGGACCUCAAUGUGGCGAUCCACUUUUGACAAGUCCCUUGGACGACUUAUUGGACAUGAAGGUUCAAUAUUUCGCAUGGCAUGGUCCUCAGAUGGAUCCAAACUGGUUUCUGUUUCUGAUGAUCGCAGUGCUCGUAUCUGGGCUGUUAGGGAUGAGCCAAAAGAUUCAGAUAACAAAGAGGAGGUUGCUGGCCCAGUUCUAUUUGGUCAUAAUGCUAGAGUUUGGGAUUGCUGUAUCUGUGAUUCUUUAAUUGUCACUGCUGGUGAGGAUUGUACAUGUCGUAUAUGGAAAUUGGAUGGCAAACAGCUCAAGAUGAUUAAGGAGCACGUAGGAAGGGGUGUAUGGCGUUGUUUGUAUGAUCCAACCUCGUCACUUCUCAUUACUGCCGGAUUUGACUCUUCAAUCAAAGUGCAUCAAGUGUCUGCUUCUUUUUCCCAGAGCUUGGAAGGACAAACUGUAUCAAAACCAUUCACUGAUAGAAUGGAGAUGUUCACUUGUCGAAUUCCAAAUUUAUCUGCAUAUAUUGGUUUCAUGGACAGCAAAAGUGAAUAUGUACGUUGCUUGCAUUUCACAUGUGAAGAUACUCUAUACGUUGCGACAAACAAUGGCUAUCUGUACCAUGUGAGAUUAUUUGGAACCAAGGAUGUAAAAUGGACAAAGCUAUCCCAGCUCAGUGAAGAGGUGCCAAUUGUUUGUAUGGAUUUGCUGUCCAAAACCUUGCCUGAACAUUCCAAUGGAAUUGAUGACUGGGUUGCUUUAGGAGAUGGGAAAGGAAACAUGACAAUCGUUAGAGUUAUGGGUGAUGUUUUCACUCCUGAAGUGGACUUCAUCUUUACCUGGUCAGCCGGAAAAGAGAGACAACUAUUAGGAACCUAUUGGUGCAAGGCACUGGGAUGUAGGUUCAUUUUUACUGCCGAUCCUAGAGGAAUUUUGAAGUUAUGGAGGUUAGGUGAUUUUUUACCAUCUGGUUCUCUCACUUCUGGAACUUUUGAUGCAUCCCUUAUAGCAGAAUUCACAUCGUGUUUUGGAAUGCGGAUCAUGUGUCUAGACGUGUUAUUUGAGGAUGAGGUGCUAAUAUGUGGGGAUCUGCGUGGAGCUCAUGGAAUAUCAACUGUAUCCAGCAUUUCUGUUGCUAAAUUGAGUUCGGAUGAGAUUGAAAUACGCUCGACUGGAGGCGAUGGAUGCAUAUGCUAUUUAGAAUAUGACCAUGACCGGCGAGGUUUAGAAUUUAUUGGGAUGAAACAAGUAAAAGAGUUGAGUCUGAUUCAAUCUGUUUCUGCUGAUAACAAGUCCCUUGAUGAUUUGGCUAACUGUGGAUAUGCAAUUGGUUUUGCAUCAACAGAUUUCAUAAUCUGGAAUUUAAUAAGUGAGGCAAAGGUUGUGCAAAUUCCAUGCGGUGGAUGGCGACGUCCUCAUUCUUAUUAUCUUGGAGAUGUACCAGAGGCAAUGAACUGUUUUGCAUAUGUCAAGGUGAUGAGAUUGGACCACUGUGUGGAUGAGGUAAUCUAUAUUCAUCGACAAUGGGUACCAGAAAGGGAGAGGAAGAUAUUUCCCAAGAAUUUGCACAUCCAGUUUCAUGGGAGAGAGAUGCACUCCUUAUGCUUUGUUUCUAAACAUGCACUAGUUGAGGCAAAUGGGAAGCAUAUUCAGUUUGAUAAAUCUAGUUGGAUUGCUACCGGGUGUGAAGAUGGAACUGUGAGGCUGACUAGGUAUAUGCCUGGAAUUGAGGGCUGGGUUACAUCAAAAUUGCUUGGUGAGCAUGUUGGUGGAUCAGCUGUGAGAUCAAUAUGCUCAGUGUCGAAGAUGCACAUAAUUGCCUCGGAUGUGACCAACUUGUCAGAUUGGAGAAAGAUACAAAAUACUAGUGCUGGGGACAUAGAUAAUCCUUUUUUGUUGAUCUCGGUUGGGGCAAAGCGGGUGCUAACUUCUUGGCUACUGAGAGAUAGGAAGCUAGACAAGGAACAUUCACUUUUUGAACAAGAAAACAUUGAAAAUGGAAAUGGCUAUAUGCCUCCGUCUGGAGUAUCCUCAUCGAUGUCUUUCAAAUGGCUAUCCACAGACAUGCCUCCCAAAUAUUCCAGUGCUCAUGGAAAAACAAAAGGACUUGAGAAAAUACGAGGAAUAACCAAAUAUGUUGAUAUGAAUACUGAUGCAACAUCUAGACCAUUUUUACUGGAGAAGGGAGAGAGAGAAUCAAAAAGUUCCCAUGAUGAUAAAUAUGAAGAUGACUGGAGAUACCUAGCUGUUACUGCAUUUCUGGUGAAGUGUGCUGGUUCCAGGUUGACUGUCUGUUUUGUUGUUGUUGCUUGUUCAGAUGCAACACUUACAUUACGAGCUCUUGUUUUACCACACCGGUUAUGGUUUGACGUGGCUUUGUUGGUUCCUCUAUCAUCACCUGUUUUAACAUUGCAGCAUGUCAUCAUUCCUGGUAGUUUGCCUUCUGAAGAGAAAAUUCAUGUCGGAAGUGUUUAUAUUGUGAUCAGUGGAGCUACUGAUGGAAGUAUUGCCUUCUGGGAUCUAACUGAUAAUAUUGAGGCUUUUGUUCAGCGUUUAUCAUCUCUGAACAUAGACAGGUCCUUAAAUUGUCAAACACGGCCACGCACUGGAAGAGGAAGUCAGGGCGGACGAUGGUGGAGAACAUUAAGCAAUAGCGUGCCUAAAAACAGACUAGGUGAUGGUUUAGUUGCAAUAAAAGCUGGAGAGAGCACCAACAAUCAUCCUAUGAAUGGAGCAUCAACAACAAAUGAUGCCAAAAGCCAUACAACUGUCUAUUCUCAAGCUGUAGAAAACGCUCCCCAUGAACCAGAAGCAAAUAGUCCAGGGACAUGUGAAAUAUGGCCUUUCCAUGUCUUCAAUAAUGUUCACCAAUCUGGGGUCAACUCUCUCCAUAUUUCAGACGUGCACAAUUGUCAAAGUUCUGAAAGUGGUUUUGUAUUCAGUGUAGUAAGUGGAGGAGAUGAUCAAGCACUCCACUGUCUUAAAUUUGAUUUGUCAUUGUUAUCAACAGGCAAGGAUUCUGAGAUUGUGACAUCAGAUGUCAUCGAUUUAUUCCCCAAGUCUAAAAGCAUGAAUAAUCCUUGUAGACAAAGCCAGACUAAAAAGUACAGGAUCAAAUUUUUAUAUCAUGACAGAAUCCCUUCUGCUCAUAGCUCUGCCAUAAAAGGUGUUUGGACAGAUGGCUUGUGGGUGUUUUCCACUGGUCUUGAUCAGCGCAUCAGAUGCUGGCUUCUUCAGGAUGAUAGUAAAUUAGUUGAGCAAGCUCAUCUGAUCAUUAGUGUUCCAGAGCCAGAAGCACUGCAUGCGAGAGCCUUUGGCAGGAACCACUAUGAAAUUGCUGUGGCUGGAAGAGGAAUGCAAAUGGUUGAGUUCUCUGCAUCUUAG